UGUAUACAUGCCACGUGUAAGAUCAAUGGUCACCACCAUUUUGUAGACGGUGGUAGAAUAUCACCAGAGUUUUUGUCCCAGGGUUUUUUAUUUUCUUCGUCUCUCGCGGCAGUGGCGAAGGGCUUCUAAAGCAGUCACCACAUUUUUACGCAAAUUAGAGGGGUGGAAAAGGUUCAAUCAGGAGGAAGUACUUAUCAAAUACUGCCUUGCAAGUAACCCACUCAAAUUUGUUGCUUGCUAUUUGGAAUUAGUACUUGCUUUCCCAUCAAAUUAAAGAUGUCGUCCCUAAGAAAUGCUGUCAACAGAAAGGCUCACAAGGAACGAUCUCAACCGCAAUCGAGGAAGAAAUUUGGGCUUCUUGAAAAGCAUAAAGAUUAUGUGUUAAGAGCACAAGCAUUCCACAAGAAGGAGGAUGCAUUACGGAGACUUAAGGAGAAGGCUGCAUUCAGGAACCCAGAUGAGUUUUACUUCAAGAUGAUCAAAACAAGGACUGUAGAUGGAAUCCAUAGACCUGAGAGUGAAGCUAACAAAUACACUCAAGAGGAACUCAUGCUGAUGAAGACACAAGAUAUAGGAUACGUCCUUCAGAAAGUUCAGAGUGAGAAGAAGAAAAUUGAAAGGCUAAGUUCCAUGCUACAUUCUCUUGAUAAUCAGCUACCAAAUAAGCAUGUUUAUUAUGCUGAAGACAGGGAAGAGGCUAAAGAUAUACAAUCACAAUUGCAAAGGGGAAAGUUACCUGCUUCUGAGGAUAUCCCGGAAAAAAUCAAAAAGAAAACGGCUUCUUCAUACAGAGAGUUGGAGAUUAGAAAGAAGAGAGUUAACCAGCUGGAAAAGCUGUACAUGGACAUGACCUUGCAGAAGGAACUACAGAAAAAGGGUCAGAAGCGGAAGCUACGUGAAGACGAGCUUACAUGCCCGACUACCAGACCCAUCUAUAAAUGGCGUACAGAGCGGAAGCGGUGAUUAGGUAUGUAGAUGCUUUUCUGAGUGUAAGUUCCAGACAGCUGUUUUUGUGCACUUGGAGAAUUUGAAAACUGAUGGAUGUGGCAAGAAAAAUCCGGCUGAAUUGAAGAAUGUGCUAAAACUGCAUGCAGAAUUCCGCUCUAGGUACUUGCUAUCACUCAAUCUUUUUGGAAUUUCCAAGUAAUUCCAAAAAUUACAUGUGUAUUGAUCUUUCGGAAUUUCCAAGUAAUUCUAAAAAUUACAUGUGUAUGGUUAUGGAAGAAACUUGAACAGCUGAGUUUUUUAUGGGCGGGAAAUUUUUUGGGUCUUUAUUGAAAAUUUAUUCAAGUA